AUUUGUUGACGAAUUUGUGCCUUUCGUAUAGAAGCCAGAAAAAGCACGUCCUUCAACUGCAUGCAAUAUAAAUUAUUUCUGGUUUGCCACAAAUAAAUAUAUAUAUUGCCCAUGUGCAUAAUAAACUUGAAUGUUUUCCAAGACAGGUCAUUCAUACAAAGUCACAUACACGCAUAUAAAUAUACAUGUGAAUAUUGUACAAAGACGCUGACGACGUUGUAGACUAACAGAAUUUGAAGUAAAUUGAAUUAAAAACAUUGAAAGGUUGGUUCCCCAAAUUAUGGAUAACACAAACGGCCUCCAAGAAGUUCGAGUUGAAAUUAAGUCGCCAAUUACAAUAAAUCGGAACAAAUCGCCGGACUUAACUUAUAGUGUUGCAUAUUGUCGUCCUUUCGCAGUCAGCAUUGGCCUCAUAGAACUGGUAGUAUCAUCAUUGUUUGCUGGAUUUCUGUGUUAUCUAGGACAAAACUACAAAGAUAUAAAGCCAAUCCUGCAGUUUCCACAUUGCUUAACAGAUAAAAUGGCCGUGGGGGUACUCAAUAGUCUCAGCAUCUUGUGUGGAUUCGAAUUCGUUUUGGCAAUCUGGUUGUUAAACAGUAUUCUGAAGACAAAAAUUGAUCAAAUGCGUUGCUGGUUGAUUAUCAUGAUGACAUACGAAAUAGUGAUGCUGACAUUCGUCAUCUGUCUGGGAUUAUCAGGAUGCAGGGCAGAUCCAUUAAACACAUUAACAUUCUUCCGUGCAUUGUUCCGAUUUCUCGAGUUUGCGAUUGUUUUUGCUCACGUUGAAGAGGAGACUUUGAAACGGAUGCGACAUAAACUGCGAGCUGUUCGAGAAACGCUGUGCGAUUCGACUGCUACCAGCCGUUCAAAUAUUUCUAUUUCCGAACCUCAAGAGGAACAUGGAGAAAUCUAAUCAAAAAGACCCUUCUACUAAUUUCCCCUGAAAGACUGAACAGCGUGGUGGGUGACUGAAGAUUUAACUGGUUUCCCGUACCUGAUCCCCAAAAUAUUUCAUGAUUCCUGAAUUUUGUUACAUUUUAUAACAUAAAAUAAAUUCCCGAACGAUAAUUUUUUAA